CUGCGUGUCCCUGGGCCUGAGGAGGGGAUGGCUGAGCAAGAAGCCAGUGGGCUGUGGGUCCUGCUGCAGACACUGCAGAGCUCCUCUGACAGGGAGUCCAUCCUGAAUAUCAUCCAGGUCCUUGGAGAUUUGCUUUCUGUGGGCACAGACCAGAGGAUCCACUACCUGGUCACCAAGGGCGGCAGUGAAGCCCUCCUGCGGACCCUGGUGGACGUGGCGAGGACGGUGAGCCCGGACUACGACAUCCUGCGGCCGCUCCUUCGGAUGCUGGCCAAAGUUGGCCUGCGAGAUAAAAAGUUUGGGCAGAAGGCAUUGGAAUUGGAAGCACUUGAUGUGACAUUGAUUCUGGCCAGGAAGAACCUGUCCCACAGCCAGAACCUCCUCCACUGUCUCUGGGCUCUACGUGUGUUUGCCUCAAGUGUCACCACAGGAGCCAUGCUGGGGAUUAAUGGAGCAAUGGAGCUGCUUUUCCAGGUCAUCACCCCUUACACCCAGAGGCGCACCCGAGUCAUCAGGGCAGCCACCGAGGUCCUGGCAGUGUUGCUGAAAUCCAAGUCCAACAGCCGCAGGGCGGUGACCCGGGGCUAUGUCAGCCGCCUGCUCAGGCUACACCAGGACUGGCACAGCCGCGAUGCCACCCAGGGCCACGUGCCGACCCGCCGGGCGCUGCUGCUCUGUCUCAAGCAUGUGUCAUGCCUGCACUCCGGUCGAGAGGCGCUCCUGGCGGCGGGGGGCAUGGAGAGCCUCUUCAGCUGCGUGCAGGGCUGCCUGGAUGACAGGAGGCUGGAGCCGGUCCUCUCGGUGGUGCUGCAGAUCCUGCGGGGCUGCUGCCCUCGGCGCCCCCUCCCCUUGGUCACCACCAGUAGCGCCUAUGCCUUCCAGGUCCCUGGGAGCGACUUCUCAGAGCUCCCGCGUGCCCUGGCGGAAGAGGACUUUGAAGAUGAUGAAGACAGUGGUGAUGAAGAAGUGGACAGAGACUCAGAUUCUGAAUAUGCCAAAGAGGAAGACGAUGACUUGGAAACAGAUGUGUGCAAGCUGAGUUCCAAGCCUGGUCUUAACCGGCCUGAAGAAGAACUGAAGCAGUAUGAAGCAAUGUGUCUUGAGCUCUGCUGCAGCUAUGAGGAACUGGCUUCCAAACCUGGAGAUCAUCUGGACUCUGAAGAGAGUCAGCAUGCCAGCCGCCAGCACAUUCUAACUGCUGCCUCCCCCAAGCGCCAUGGCUCGAAUAAGAGCCAGACCUCCUGGGGGCAAGCAAGAGAAGGCUCGGUGCAGAGUUCUCUCCUGAGCAUGGUCAAGAUGGGCAGGUCCACUGUCCAUCCGGCCUCCAAAAUCAGAGCCACAAAGAACCCGUUCGCAAGCGCACAAGUGAAUGGUCUGGGGACCGAUUCUUCCAGAAAUGACAUGCCUGACCUGCAGACCCUCUUCAGAGAGGAUGGUUGGGACAUGCACAUGAUUUCCUGCCCAGAGAUGAGUCCUUCCUUUUCCAAUUCCAUGAGGCCUAGACAACCUUUGGAAAUAAUAGAGAAGCUUCUGCAAAGACACACCAAGCUCAUCCCCUUCCAUGACGCCCGUCUUUACAUGGUCAAAGCCAGAAAAGCCAAAUCUGUGGCUGACUUCAAGGUGAUGGCCUUUCCUGACCUCUGGGGACACUGCCCACCUCCUUCUGCGCAGUCCAUGCUGGAACGCAAACACGGAGUCCAAAGAAUCAAGAUCCUGGAGGACAUCCGGAGGCUCAUCCAACCAAGCGACCUUGUAGACAAAGUCGUCUUCAGUCUGGACGAGCCACACCCCCUGCAGCCCCCUGCUCCUCACAGCCUCCAGUUCUUCUCCCAGUUUGAGUCCGGAAAUCUCCGCAAAGCCAUCCAAGUGCGUGAGUUCGAGUAUGACUUGCUGGUGAAUUCCGACGUGAACAGCAGCCAACACCAGCAAUGGUUCUACUUCGGGGUGAGUGGGAUGAAGGCCUCCACUGUCUACCGCUUCAACAUCAUCAACUGCGAGAAGGCCAACAGCCAGUUCAAUUACGGGAUGCAGCCCACUCUGUACUCUGUCAAGGAGGCACUGCUCGGGAGGCCCGCCUGGACACGGACGGGGCGUGAAAUCUGCUACUACAAGAACCACUAUAGGAGGCGGCAGCGGAGCAUGGGUCCGGCAGGAAGAGCAGCUGAGAAAUACUACUACACGCUCACCUUUGCCCUCACCUUCCCGCACAGCGAGGACGUCUGCUACCUGGCCUACCACUACCCUUACACCUACUCUGCACUCAGGGCUCACCUUGACCUCCUGGAGAGAAGCGUUAACCCCAAGGAGAUCUACUUUCGGCAGGAGGUGCUCUGCCAGACACUGGGAGGAAACGCUUGUCCGCUGGUGACCAUCACGGCCAUGCCCGAGGGCCCCGGCGCAGCCCAGAUGGAGCAGUUCCGUGAGUAA